UGUGCGCGGGUUCCGAGGCACCUGCCAGAGCUAGACGGGUCGGAGGUCUCCAGGAGCCCUCAGCAUCCCUUCUUCUUUCUCAUUCACACACCCCAGCCUCACGCGUUAGGCGUCCCCCCAGCAGACGAAGUAUAUAUUAUAAAGCAUUCAAAGGCAAGUGAAAAUUCAAAUGCACGGAGCAGAGCUAGAGAGCUUUCUACAGAGGCUCUUCAGAAGAGACAGAAGGUAUACUGUCAAGCCCUAGAAGGAUUCUACCAUUUUCUUAUCUACCCUGAAGAGACUUGGAAAUUAAUGGGUAACAUUUUGUAUGAAAAUUUCUAAAUGCUACUUGUUCUUAUCUUUGAGGCCUUCUGUGGAGAAUUAAUAGGAGGUUGAAUGAGCAAAUGGAUAAAGUGAACCGUCUUAAAGGAUUGAAGUUCUAAAAAUAUAUCAGCAGGACUGGACAGGUUUGAGAUAAUGAGAUUUCUAUUUUAGCUUGACUUCUGAAACACUGAAUAAACUAUAAACUGAGCUACACAAGGUCCUUGGAAGGAAGUUUCUCUUCUAAACUAUUCUAGUUGCAUAUAACAUUUUUCUUAUUUAGAGCCAUUGAAAAAUAUAUACUUAGUCAUCAAUAGGAAUAAGACUAUUGUACACGUACCAAUUUGUAAUGUAUGAAGUGGGAGAGAAAGCGGCAAAUUGUGUUAUACGGGAAAAGACAUUUAAUUAAAGAAACAGAAAGAGGAGAAAUCUCUAUAUAAGCGCUGGUUGAGAUGGCAGAAGCUUCUGCAGAUGCCUCAACUCUCCCCGUAACAGUGAAAAAAAAGAAAAGUCUGUCCAUUGAAGAGAAGAUCGACAUCAUAAAUGCAGUAGAAAGUGGCAAGAAAAAAGCAGAGAUUGCAGCUGAAUAUGGAAUAAAGAAAAAUUCAUUGUCCUCUAUUAUGAAGAAUAAAGACAAAGUUCUAGAAGCCUUUGAAUCUCUGAGAUUUGAUCCAAAGAGAAAAAGACUGAGAACUGCUUUCUACACAGAUCUGGAAGAGGCAUUAAUGAGGUGGUAUCGAAUUGCUCAGUGUCUAAAUGUACCAGUUAAUGGUCCAAUGUUGCGUCUAAAAGCAAAUGAUUUUGCCCAGAAACUGGGACAUAACGAUUUUAAGUGUAGUAAUGGUUGGCUGGAUCGCUUUAAAUCCAGGUAUGGUUUAGUAUUCAGAGCUCAACCUAUAGAAGCUACAGGUGUAUCAGUAGACCCUUCAGCUGUUUGGCACCAAAACAUACUUCCUUAUUAUUUAAAUGAUUAUCAUCCUAAAAAUGUUUUUAAUAUAAAAGAGACUGGACUGCUUUAUCGAAUGUUACCUACAAAUACAUUUGCAUUUAAAGGAGAAACAUGCUCAAUUGGAAAGCUAUGCAAAGACAGAAUAACCCUGGUGGUUGGGACAAACAUGGAUGGCUCCGAAAAACUUCCUUUGCUUAUCAUUGGGAAAAACAGAAAUCCACAUUGUUUCAAAGGUAUGAAAUCAUUGCCUGUGUAUUAUGAAGCUAACAGAAUGGCAUGGAUGACCGCAGAUAUAUUUGAACAAUGGAUGAGGAAGCUUGAUGAGAAAUUUCAAGCCCAGCAACGAAGAGUUGUGAUUUUUGUUGAUUCUCUUCCUGCACAUCCAGAGGUAAAGAACCUAAAGUCCAUUGAGUUAGCAUUUUUCCCGUCAUGUUUGUCUCCCAAAUUUAUAGCCAUGAAACAAGGUGUUAUUAAAAGCCUUAAAAUUAAAUAUCGACAUUGUCUUAUCAAGAAAUUUUUAAGUUCUGUUGAAGGCAGCAAAGAAUUUACAUUUUCCCUACUCGAUGCAGUUGAUACAUUGCAUCUCUGUUGGAGGGCUGUAACCCCAGAGACUAUUGCUAAGAGCUAUGAAGAGGCAGGAUUCAAAUCUCAACAGGGAGAAAGUGACAAGACAAAUACAGAGUCCAACACUGGUCUUGAUUUGGUUGCCCACGCCCAGGCAGCAGAAGUGGAAUUUCCUGAAGGUUUAUCUGUAGAAGAGUAUGCUGCCCUGGACGAUGACUUGGAGACGUGUGAAGCAGCGCCAAGUGGUGAUGCGGUAUGGACCAAAGAAAGUAAAGCAGAUGAAACUGGAUUUUAUACUUCUGAUGAAGAGGAUGAUGGUGGAUCUCUGGGAACUGAACUUCCUUUACCGUCAAAAAAUGAGGCAAUAACUGCUUUAGCUACUCUUAAAAAUUUUCUUAGAAGUCAAGAUAUGAAUGAUGGGCUUCAUAAUUCUUUAGCAGACCUUGAAAUUUUUAUUAACUCUUUAUCACUUAAGUAAUUAUUUAUUUUACAACAACUGAAGAUUAAUACCUUUUCCUGAUAUAUUUUUCUAUAUGAGGUAUGUAAAAGGAAAAUACCACAAACAUAAAAAAUGAAAAAUUAGUACAUUUUGGUUUACUUGCAAAUAUCUGGUCUGAAUAGCAAAUUCCCUAGGUAGAUUAAAUAAUGAUUAAGUAAAUGAAAAACCUGAAUUUCAAUUUAGCAAGCUUUUGGAAAGUAGAAAUGUAUUUCAGAGGCCUGUACUUGAAAAAUGUGGUAAAUGUGUUAAAAAUAAAAAACUAUCCAGCUA